AUGGAUCUUCCAUUGCCGACCUUUUCAUUUACGAUUCCCUCAGUUCAUAAUGGCAAUCAGCUCGAAUGUCGCCUAUAUCUCCCACCCGCGUUCCAAAAUAUACAUUCAGCAGCAGCCUGGCCAACUCGCGGUGCCAUCGUCGCACAUCCAUAUGCACCCUUGGGAGGAUGCUAUGAUGACCCUGUCGUGAGUUUUGUCGGCAGUGAGUUGUUACAGUCAGACUGCAUUGUCGGAACCUUCAAUUUCCGCGGAGCUGGAAAUUCUGAAGGACGAACAAGCUGGACUGCAAAGCCCGAGCUAGGAGAUUACAUCUCAUUCUACACAUUCAUGUUGCAGUAUCUUCAUCACUUAAAGUCUGCAUUAUGCCAAAGUGAUCAGGCAGACUCAUCCAAACCCAACAAGACCGACGGAAGUGAAAGUCCAGAUGUAAGCCUCAUCCUGGGCGGCUACUCCUACGGGUCUUUGAUCGCCUCUCAUGUCCCAUCACCGGAAGUUAUACUGGACCUUUUCCGACCCGGGCCGACAUUAACAGCCCCAGCCUCCAAGCACAAGCCAACGCCAAAAUCCGAGAUAGGCAAAGCAUCAAUACGGAUAGCGACAUCCACCCUAGAGAAACUUCAAAUGACUCACAGUCAUGGUAUAGCUGACACCAAGCCCGCAUUGACAACCUCCAUCUCCUACCUGCUCGUGUCUCCGCUUCUACCCCCAGUUAGCCACCUCCUAACCUCCUUCUCGACCUUAUCGCUGAACGUGAAGACGGAUACAGGUAGUGAUAUCCGGAUCCCCUGCUGUCCAGCAGACCAGCAGAGUACCAACCACACUUUAGCGCUCUUCGGCGACCAGGAUACAUUCAUUUCUGCUGAGAAACUGGAGAGGUGGUCAGACGAGAUGGCGCACAUGCCGCGCAGUCAGUUCCAAUUUCGGAAAAUCGAUGGCGCGGGCCACUUUUGGCGCGAAGAUGGGGUUGAAAAGCGGGCAAGACAUGCCUUGAAGGUGUGGCUUGGUCAGAUAUGA